AUGCGAUUCCGGCAAUGGGGCUUUCGGCGAUGUGGGUUCACAUUGCAUGAAAGAGCGCAAGCUAAUGCAAGGCUGGUCAGCACGGCACACCGGUUGAUAGGAGCGUUGCUAACAGAUAAUCCUUCGCUAUCUGAGGCUCCACUAUGUGACGGCCUGCUUGUAUCCCACCUCGGAUCAAUUGUCUUCGGACCUUGCCGGUCCUCUGCCGCUGGUUCCUAUGUAAUCCCCUUGAAUCCCCCCUCGCUCCUCGUUCAUUCAGCAGCAAAUCCUCAAGUCUUCAAGUCUCACACUUCUAAUCCUCCUACCACAAAAGACUCCUGCCUCCACUUCGAGACCAACCAUCUCAAAACAUCCACAUCUCACAAAAUGCGUGUCGCUACUCUCGUCCUCGUCGCCUUCUCGGCCGUGGCUCUUGCCCUCCCUACCACCAACAACGUCGAGCGUGCCGCUGCCGACGCCAACGUCCGCCAGAUGGACGAGCUGACCGUUGCCGCUAUCAGCAAGUAAACGGUUAAGCGGGAUAUUACAAAGAAUAAAUGAUACAAUGGAAAGAUUUAUGU